GAAGUUGUCGCUCAACCAAAUUUUGCCGACACAGCUCCCACUCACUUCGCAACCCACAGGCACAGAAAGCAACAUCUGCUGUUACUGUGAUCCAUCAAGCCUGCUAAAUUAAAUAAAAUGGCCACUCAAUCUCCAUCAAACGAAAGUAACUCCAACCAAACCUGCAAUGUGUUUACCUCCAAAGAAUCAGCUCAGAUUCUUUUUCCUAUCUUUUAUAUCAUUGUGCUUGUCGUCAGUGUCUCGGGAAACAGCCUUGUCCUGUACAUCACUAGCCAGAAAAAGAAGAAGUUUAACUCCACCACACUGUACCUGAUCAACCUGGCGAUCUCUGAUACCCUCUUCACGCUCGCUCUUCCAGGUCGCAUCACCUACUACAUCCGUGGUUUUGACUGGCCUUUUGGAGAUCUUUUCUGCAGACUUACUGCUUUUGUCUUCUAUUCAAACACCUACAUAGGAAUUGCUUUCAUGACCUGCAUCAGUGCUGACCGCUACCUGGCUAUGGUGCAUCCACACAAGUGUCCAAAACUGAGGAGCCUGAAGGUGGUGCGAGGCAUCUGCAUCCUGGUCUGGGCAAUUGUUUUCCUGGAAACAUCUCCCAUGCUCUUCAGGAGCAUGAUAAAAGAGUGGGAAGGUCACCAAACGUGCAUGGAGUACUCCAACUUGGAUGAAUCAUCUAAAACCCCAUAUGUGCUUUUGCUUGCCUGUGUUAUUGGGUUCUGUGUGCCCCUGGGCCUAAUCCUAGGCUGCUACAGCCAAAUCAAUUCAAAGCUUUCCAAAAUGGCCAAAGAGAACCCUAUGACUGGCAAGUCAGGUAAAAGCAACAGGGCCAAGAACAUAAUAUUGAUGAUUUUGUUGAGUUUUAUGCUGUGCUUCUGCCCCUACCAUGCCAACAUCAUGCAGUUCAUGGUGCGGAGACUUUUCCAUAAACCUUCUUGUGAGGAAAAGAAGGCCUUUAAGAUGUCUCUUCAGAUCACUGUAUCCAUGAUGAACCUCAACUGCUGCCUGGACCCUGUCAUUUACUUUUUUGCAAUUAAGACAUACAAGCAGAGAGUAAUGAGCCUCUUUAAGGGUUACAUGCCUGCAUCACUGUCUUCAAAAAGUAUGCCUGAGAAUAGCUCUAGCAACACUUAAGAGCCAUCCUAUUUGAGUAACUAGAGUAAAGAUCAUGUUGAAUUUUAGAAAUCCAACAAUCUGAAAGAAGUUUAUUAUUAUUAUUAUUAUUAUUAUUAUUAUUAUUAUUAAUAAAUAAUGUUAGAAGGAUACAUUACAUAUAUUGUAAGGGUUGGCACAUUGGCAACAUGUGUUAACUAAUUACUAUCUAUUAACAGAUGACCAUAAUCCACCUGAAUAUCAUUUCUAUGUCACUGAAUCUGUUCUUAUGUAAGGCUAGAACCAGUAUUCAUAAUUUUUCAUUUUUGUAUUGACACAAAGAGUCUAGCUGAAACAUAUGUAUGCUUAUUAUCUUUAUAGUAUAUUGUGAUUAUGUCCAGAAACUACUGUAUUGUUGGACAAGUAUACAGUAGGAAAAACUAUGACCAAGAGACUGCCAGAUGAUGAUGGCUCCGGUGUUGAUGUUGGAUGUUUUAAAUGCAUUAGUAUUCAGAAGGUUAUUUAAAGAUUUCAAAUAACCUCUAUUAGAAAAUGUUGCAAGGAUAUGAUGAAAUGUAAAUAGUAUACAAAAAACAAAACAAAAAAAAAACAAGCUCUUAUUCAUUUGCAGUACACUUAGGCUAUAUAUGCCUUAUAUGUUUACCACUUAGCAUAUACACACCUAUUAUGUUCAGCAUGGUACCCAAGGUAAAAGUAGGAAUAUUGCAAAAAGUCAUUCAAAGCUACUUUUAACUGUUUGUAUAAAUGUUUGUGUAUUAAAAAUAACUUUUAAACAUGAUUCAUGAUUGACAUGAUUCUUUUUUUAUU